CUACAUUAUCCGGGGAUUUUAAAGAUGGAUGCGCCCACAGAAAAACCAAUUAAUUUUUUUUCGAAAUAAUUUUCCGUUUACUGAGAUAGUGGAGGAAUAUUUCAUGAUGGUUAAAUACGUUGUGGUCGGCGGUGGUAUAGCAGGAGUGACUUGUGUUGAAACGCUAUCGUCCUUGUGUCCAGAGGAAGAGAUUCUUCUUGUAACUGCCUCACCGCUGAUUAAAGCCAUCACAAACUACAAAAAGAUAACAAAGACGCUGGAGGAUUUUGAUGUGGAGGAGAGGUCCAUUAUCUCACUGCAGUCCGAGUGUGUGAAUGUCAAGGUGAUCCAGAAGAGCUUGCACUCCCUCAAUGCCAAGUCACAUGUGAUAAAGCUCAGUGAUGGAGAAGAGGUUCACUAUCAGAAGCUUUGUCUUUGUACAGGAGGGAGACCAAAGCUCAUUACGGACAACAACCCCUACGUCCUUGGAAUUCGCGACACAGAGAGUGUAAAGGAAUUCCAAAAGAGGCUUUCCAAAGCCAGAAGAAUCAUGGUGGUGGGCAAUGGAGGAAUAGCCACGGAACUGAUAUAUGAGGUGGAGGGAUGUGAAGUUGUCUGGGCCAUCAAGGACAGAUCUAUCAGUAGUACAUUUGUAGACCCUGGGGCAGGGGAAUUCUUUAUGUCCGAACUCAACAAGAAGAAAGAGACUAGGGAAGAGGCACCGUCUAAACGACUCAAAUACACAGUAGAGGAUGUGGAGACAGAAAGUUCCAAAUCGACGGCAAUGGGAGGUGCCCUGGGUCCUGAUUGGUCAGCAGAACUCUCCAUGACUGGCACGCAAAAGAUCUCCCAUUGCGUAACAGUGGAGAAAUGUGUGGAGGUGAGAAAUGUACUCGCCAGAGAAGAGUUUGUGUCGUCAGGAAAAUCAUCUACGGAUCUGUCUGGAAAUGUAGAUCAAGAUUGCUGGCCUGUCUACGUAGAGCUCACCAAUGACAAGGUGUAUGGCUGCGAUUUGUUGGUCAGUGCCACUGGAGUUGUACCCAAUACUAGCCCAGUCUUAACUGGAAAUCAGUUUACUCUAGCAGAAGAUGGUGGAAUACGUGUUGACGACAAAAUGAGGACAUCAGAGGAUGAUGUAUAUGCAGCUGGAGAUGUAUGCACAGCAAGCUGGGAACCAGCACAACAUUGGCUGCAGAUGAGGCUUUGGUCCCAGGCUAGGCAAAUGGGAGCGUAUGCUGGUCAGAGUAUGGUGGCAGACUUCAACAGUCAACCCAUUUCUUUGGAUUUCUGUUUUGAAGUGUUUGCCCAUGUCACUAAAUUCUUCAACCACAAAGUUAUCCUUUUGGGAAAAUUCAAUGCUCAAGGAUUAGGAAGUGACUACGAGAUUUUGUUGAGAGUAACUAAAGGAUCAGAAUAUGUAAAGGUUGUGUUGAGAGAUGGGCGGAUGGAAGGGGCGGUUUUAAUUGGAGAGACAGACCUUGAAGAAACAUUUGAAAACCUCAUUUUGAAUCAGAUUGAUUUAACUCCAUUUAAGGACGAUUUGUUGGAUCCAAACAUUGAUAUAGAAGACUUCUUUGACUGAUAUAAUCCCUGUGAUAUUUGUAGAUAUAUCUGUAAAUAUAUGUAAAUCACAAGUA